UUUAUACUUAAGUGUCUCCGACACUUGCGGACCUCGAAUCAGCUAUCUAAUUUUCCUCAGUUUUACACGACUAAGGUGUAAGGUGAUGAAGAGCAAAAAACUGGGUGUUACUUCCAUCAAUCCAUCCUUUGAUUCUUCCAUGGAGGGUGAGGGUAGCAGCUCAGGCGGCCUACCUUAUUACACCCCAACUUAUAAGCCUGCCCUACCUCUACACAACCAUCAAUAUUAUUCUUCCCCCAAUAAUAAGCUUCUUUAUCUUGCCCUGCUUGCCAUCUUCUGCACUCUCUCUUAUCAUUUUGGAACUUGGCAAAACGGCGGCGGCGCCUCCGGCACUUCUAUUAGUUCUAUCUUCACCGCCAAAAUAGCCACUGCCAAAACUUGCUUAUUUUCCGGAAACACCGCCACUACCCUUUCCUCCACCACCCAAUCAUUAUCAUCUCAUUCCGCAGGGUUAGACUUCACCACCCACCACGGCGACGGCGACGGCGGAGCUGUUUUAGGCAACCAUGAUGAGGAUAGCGUCAAAGUUUACCCGCCGUGUGACGUCAAGUACAGCGAGUACACUCCUUGCGAAGACACGGAGAGAUCCCUGGCGUACGAUAGGGAGCGGUUGAUAUACCGAGAGAGGCACUGCCCCAAGAAGAGUGAAGUUCUCAAGUGUCGGAUACCCGCCCCGUUCGGAUACAGAAACCCGUUUAAGUGGCCGGAGAGCAGGGAUGUAGCUUGGUACACUAAUGUGCCUCACAAGGAAUUAACGGUGGAGAAAGCGGUUCAGAAUUGGAUUAGGUUCGAGGGCGACCGCUUCAAAUUUCCCGGUGGUGGCACAAUGUUUCGCAACGGCGCUGAUGCUUACAUUGACGACAUUGGAAAAUUAAUCAAUCUCAAAGACGGCUCCAUUAGGACUGCCCUUGAUACUGGCUGUGGGGUUGCUAGCUUUGGAGCAUAUCUGUUGUCGCGUAACAUACUUACAAUGUCGUUUGCACCAAGAGACACUCACCAAUCUCAAGUCCAAUUCGCUUUGGAAAGAGGAGUUCCUGCUUUGAUUGGCAUUUUAGCCUCCAAGAGACUUCCCUAUCCCUCUAAAGCUUUUGACAUGGCUCAUUGCUCUCGUUGCCUCAUUCCUUGGGGCCAAUAUGAUGGGGCGUAUUUGAUUGAAGUUGAUCGAGUGCUAAGGCCUGGUGGGUACUGGAUUCUCUCCGGCCCACCAAUCAGAUGGAAAAGAUACUGGCAAGGGUGGGAUAGGACGGAGGAAGACCUGGAAGCCGAACAAACUCAAAUUGAGAAAGUUGCAGACAGUUUGUGCUGGAAAAAAUUCAUGGAAGUUGACGAUAUUGCUAUUUGGCAAAAACCAUACAAUCACAUGGACUGCAUUCGACUCCGACAGGCGCCGCCACCAAUGUGCCCUGCAUCCAACGAUCCUGACAUGGCCUGGUAUACUGAUCUACAAACAUGUUUAACACCCUUACCUCAAGUGUCCGAUGAAAAAGAGUUGGAGAAAUGGCCAAAGAGAUUAAACGCAGUGCCGCCAAGAAUAAAAAGGGGAACAAUAGAUGGGAUUAGUGGUGAGAAAUUUGAGAAAGAUUCAACACUGUGGAAUAAAAGAAUAUCUCAUUACAGUGCAGUGAUGGAUGGGCAACUAGUUGAAGCUGGGAGGUAUAGAAACGUAUUGGACAUGAAUGCAUUCUUGGGAGGAUUUGCAGCAGCUUUAGUAGAUCACUCUCUUUGGGUCAUGAAUGUGGUUCCCGUCGAGUCUAAGCUUAAUACACUCGGUGUCAUUUAUGAACGGGGACUAAUCGGAACAUAUCACACCUGGUGCGAGGCAAUGUCAACCUACCCUAGAACAUAUGAUCUCAUUCACGCGGAUUCGAUAUUCACUUUAUACAAAGACAGGUGUGAAAUGGAAGAUAUACUGCUAGAAAUGGAUAGGAUACUAAGGCCAGAAGGAAGCGUGAUCAUAAGAGACGAUGUGGAUGUGUUAAUCAAAGUGAAAAGGAUUACAGAUGGGCUGCAAUGGGAAAGUCGAGUUGUAGACCAUGAAGAUGGGCCGCUUCAGAGGGAGAAGCUUUUGUUUGCUGUCAAGACAUACUGGACUGCACCUGCUGCCUAACUAGCUAGCUUCAACUUUUUUUUUUUUUUUCCCUUUAAACAAUUAUAUAUCUACUUUUAUUUAGUUAUUUGGUUAACCACAUUCAUGUAAGU